AUGGACCCUACAUUGACGGGAGUAAGACUUUAUGACUUGAAUCAGAGUGCUUUGACUCCACUAUGGAAAGGCGCUGGAAUGUCUUAUGUCAAAGUAUUUCACGGAUCCGACAACAACUAUUUAUUCAACGGCGUAUUCCCCGAAGGUCAACUCACUGAAGAGGACAACGAGAUAUCAGAGAUGAUGGCUAGAAGCCUUCUCAACUUUGCUUAUACUGGGAACCCGAUUAAUACAUCUUCGUCACAAAGACAAUUUGAUGAAUGGCGGGAACCGUAUGGCAAAGUUGAUAUGGGAGAUACACAAAUCGAGAGCUUUAAGAUCCAGGUCAUUGGAGGACCUCAUGGUACAGGACCUGUCAUUUUGACUGAUGAAGAUAACUCUAAUAGUAUCAAGCGGAAUCCGGAAAAUGAAAAUAUUGGGGCAUGGCAACAAGUAUUGUCUGGCGCAGAUAAGUUUAGAUCGAUGGGCUCGGCGAAGGAAGCAGAAAGGAAGAGGUUGAUUGAGCAAGAAAAACUGUUUCAAAGAUGUAGAUAUAUCAAUAGUUUGGCAGAUACACUUGAUGUAUAA